AUGCCCUCUCUCGAACAGGACCCCCAAUCCACAUCUGCCGGUGAGCGAGCUAGUCGACCGACAAUACCUCAGUUGGUCGAUCUUCACAACGAGAACAAGAAGCUGCGUGAUACGCUUGAUAAAGUGCAGUUCGACUAUGAUUUACUCAAUGCCUACAUUGCCAUCAGCAAUACCGAGCUCAAUCAGGUCAAUGAGGAGGACAAGACGGUCAUUGCUCUGAGAUAUGAUAUGACGACGGCAUUGGUGACGUCACGCCUGAAGAUGGCCAAGCUUAGGUUCCAGAAGAUUCGUAGAGAGCUCUGCGAACAUGCUCGUCGGUUGGAAGAGACGACGGUUGAUGUGAAUGAAACUUCAUUUGGUCAUGUUCGAUCCCGCUCACGAUCGAAACCUUCAAGACGAUCGGGAACAACAAAAAACCACGCAACUUCGGGCGGUAGUCGACGGCGCGCCUGCGGACAGCAGGGGCCCGGCGACGAAGAUUUCUACUCAGGCCCUCAGUCCUCCGAUGAUGAGGAUGGCAAUAUUCUUAGUCCGGUGAAAUCCAAGAUGCUUCCCAAUGAUGGUAUUGUGGUGGAAUUGGACGGGAAAUGCCUUACAUCUCGCCAACUAGCCGUGUGGUUCGGAACCAGCGAUAUGGAGGCAGAAACGAGAAGGAUCUUCGAGGCUAAAAACAUGGAAAUCAAUGAAAAGCGGAAAUUGCAUGCUGGAUAUUAG